CACCUCUUUAUCAUUCACACCAUACACACACACACACACAUUACACAAAACCAUUUUCUUGAUGGUUUUUUGCCCUCUUUUCACCACCGGCCGGCCACCACUCACCACCACCACAACCACCACCACCUCUAAACAUCCCCAAAGUUCUCUAAUAUUACCAUCCAUACCCCUCUAUGUACACAUGUAUCAUCCACCACCACAACCACAACCUCACCUUUCUUGACUGUUUCCUGAACCGCCACCAUCAUCCACCGUCGUUAACCACCCUAAAGGUGGUGGCUUUUAGUGUUUUCAGAUACACCCACAUGGUUCCCAAAAGGGUUUUCAAAAUCUUGCCCCUUUUGUAAUCUGGGUCAGAAUUCUUGAUGUUUUAUAGCCAGAUCUUCAAGAAAGUUGUUGGUAUAGCUUCUUUGUUAGGUUUAUGAAAUACCCAGUUCUCGUUUCUUGAUUUUUAGGGUAAAAAUCAAGUCUUUUGGUAUGUAUUUGCUAAGAAUUUGGUGCUUUCUAACUUAAAGUUGUUCAAGAUUGUGCAAGAUUGUUCCUUUGACUUGACUUUUAGGGUUUUAAUUAAGUUUUUUGUUGGAUAUUUGUAGGGGUAGGUUAUAAUGGUACUUUUGUAAAUUAGGGUUUUCAAUUUUUAGGGUUCUAGAAAUGGCUGCAAGUAAUCAAUGUUAUGUGGAAUGGAAAGAACAUUAUGUGUCAAAAGAAAGGGGCAAAAGGGUAGUUCACUAUUUCUUGAAAGAUAUAUCGGGUGAAUCGGUUUUAGCGGUUGUGGGAACCGAAAGGAGUGUUAGGCAUAUGUUAUAUGUGGUUGCUGAAGAUUUCUUGAAAGUCAACGAGGCUGAGAAUUCGGUCAAUGCAGGGUAUAGAUGGAGGUCAAGGAGAGAGGUUGUGAAUUGGCUUACUUCUAUGUUGUCAAAACAACACCGCCAAGAAGCCCCUAAAAGUGAUCACAUUUCGAGAUUUGGUGCUUCGUAUCAGAAUCGCCUUGCAAGAAAUAUAAAAUUACGAGUACCGGAUAUAGUGUGGUCAGGUGUAGCGUGGACCUGCAGUAAACAACUCAAACAUUUUCCAGCCUUUUGCAGGAAUGGGAUUACAAUAGCGGUACAAUCAUUUGUUUACGUUAUGUCUGAAGAAGAAAUCCGUCAUCUUGCAUAUCUCGAAGAUAUGUAUGAAGACCGAAAAGGUCAAAAGAAAGUCAAAGUGAGAUGGUUUCACCACAGCAAAGAAGUACAAGCGGCCAUUACUCUUAAAAACUCUCACCCACGAGAGGUUUUCAUUACACCUUACGCACAAGUUAUCAGUGUCGAGUGUGUGGAUGGUCCGGCCCUUGUUUUGGCCCGUGAACAUUACGAUAAAUGCGUGUCGACGCUUCCGGAAGAUUUAUUGACGCGGGUCCAUCUUUGUUUGCGGCAGUUUAAAAACAACCGUGUGAAACCGUUUAAAUUGAGUAAAUUAUGUGGAUAUUUCGAUCAACCCGUUUUUUUGGUUCUGGAUUCCGAUUUUCUCGAAGAUGAAGAUACUAGCGGCGGAGAUGUUGUUAAGGUGGGGGCUAAAAGGCCUAGGAGUGCUAGAGGGCGACAGGUGGCACCGUGUGAUUCGUCCUGUAUGGAUGUAAAAUAUGAGAUUUUGAGAAGGAAGCUUAUUCCGACAUAUGUGAAAAACCGAGAUGCAAAUGUAUUGUCUUUUAAGAUUAAUGAAAAGAUAGAAUUGUUGAGCUUAGAUAGUGGUAUUAGAGGAUGUUGGUUUAGAUGCACUAUAAUGCAAGUUACUAGGAGACAGUUAAAAGUACAGUAUGAUGAUUUGAAGGAUGAAGAUGGAAGCGGUAAUCUUGAGGAAUGGGUUCCAGCUUCUAGAUCGGCAAUGCCCGAUAAACUUGGGAUAAGAUGCCUGGGCCGGCCCACCGCAAGGCCCGCUCGCAUAGAAGAGGAAGCGGAUUUUGCAAUCGAGGUUGGUUCUCCGGUGGAUGGAUGGUGGAGUGAUGGGUGGUGGGAAGGGGUUGUGACCGGAAUCGGUGAAUCUGGUGCUGGAGUCGUUAAAGUUUAUGUUCCUGGUGAAAAUUUGUUUCUCGACAUAGACAUAAAGAACAUUAGGGUUUCAAGAGAUUGGGUGGGAGACCAUUGGGUUGACCUAGAAACAAAACCGAACAUCCUCUCAUUGAUUCCUGCCAACAAUAAUGAGAUUAAACCCGAAAGCUCACCCGUUUCAUCUAAAGAAACCCCAAAACCCGUUGGCCCGGAACAUGUUGACCCAAAACCCGUUGACCCAAAACCCGUUGACCCUGAACAUGUUGACCCAGAACCCAUUGGCCCGGAACAUGUUGACCCAGAACCGAAUGGCCCAGGACCCGUUGACCCAAAACCCAUUGGCCUAGGACCUGUUGACCCAGAACCCAUUGGCCCAGAACCCGUUGACCCGGAACAUGUUAAUGAUUUUAAUGACCAUGAGCUCCAUGAGAAAGAAAAGGACCCGAGUUCGGCCCUUGAUGAUAAUUUACAAAUUGCUGAACAAGGCGAGCAUGCAAGCGAAAACAUGGAAGCGUAGUUUACCAAAAAAACCGAAUGGCGGUUUGUGUAUAGAAGUGACAAAAAGUAAGGUAGAGUUUGUACUUUUUUUACUGAUUGUUUUAGGGAACACCUAACUAGGAGAAAGAGAGACACCCUCUGGUGGGUGCCUUCAAAUUGAAACUUCUUUUAGUAAAAAGGCGGAAUCUUUAUCCGGAGCUAAACUGCUUUGAUGACUUGUACAUUGUUGAUCAAAAGAUGUACGUUUGUUGUCGGGGUUGGUGGCUUUUGGUUAGUUAAUGCACCGGUGUCGGUGGUACUUAUUGUAACAGUGGAACUGUUGAUCAGGUUAUGAAUAUCGUUUUGUUAUGUUUA